CCAAGUUGUCGCAACCAUGAAAACCCUCGCAGUACUCUUAUUCGCACUUUCCCUCUAUCUCCUUCCCAACCCAACUCACUCUACGUUCAAUCCCAUCCGCCUUCCCACCGCCGCCGAUGACACUCCGGUGCUGGACACCGACGGAGACGCGCUCCGGCCCGGCGAAACUUACUUCAUAACCUCCACCGGACGGGGAGCCGCCUCCGGGGGAGUUCAACUUGCCUGGUUAGAUUCCGCGACAAAAUGCGCGAGCAACGUGGUCAUAUCGCGGCCCUUAACGGACGGCGACCGCAUUAGGAUCACUCCGGCGGAGCCCAACGCCACCGUCGUCUUGCCGUCGACGUUCCAGAGCUUCGCGUUCUUCGUCGCGACGUCCAGGCUUUGUGUGAGUAGUGUCUUUUGGCGGAUCCGGUACGACCAGCCAUCCGGGCAAUACUUCCUGAGCUCCGGCGAGUUUGUCUCCGACAUUAGCGGCCAGUUCAAGAUUGAAGUCGCGCCGGAGCUUAACGCUUACAAAAUCACUUAUUGUCCGUUUGGCGGCCACAUAUGCUACAACGUUGGAAGAUACUUCGACGAGUCUGCCGGGGCUGCGCGUUUGGCUCUCACUGAAGAUUUUCCAUUCACUGUUGUGUUCAAGAAAGCUACCUUCUGAUUUAUGGGUUGUUGGUUUGUUAUUAUGCUAAAUAAGUGACGUUUGUUGCAGGUUUGACAAUAAUGUAGAACAAAUUCUCAAAUGUUGUAUUGUGUAAACCCUAUGAUCUUUAAAUAAACAAACAUAAAUUAUUAUCAGCAAA